UCUGACUAUGACGGCUAUACAUAAUAUCAUUGCACGUUCACAAGAUAUACCUUAGGGACUUGCUCGCGUUCCUUCCUGAUAACUACUGCACGCUCGAAAUCCCCUUGAAUCAGUCCAAAGGCUCCGUAUCAUGUCGGCGGAGACAAAGAAAUCUGUUUUGACUACUGCUCAAGAAGAACGAAAAUGGAACCAUCUGGGCAUGUUAAUGGAGAGGUUUCACAAUCACUUCAAGGUCGAAUUCAACGCAAUCUAUGAGAUGGCAGACGGUUCUUUCGCCAGGAGAGGAUUGUCGUUAGGACUGUAUCUCCGGCAAGCAGAGGAAUUGCGACGAUACCUCACAACGCACCAUACCAUUGAGGAACGACAUGUCUUCCCGGUGCUAGCGAAACGGAUGUCGUCGUUCAGCAACGACGAAGUGCACAUCAAAUCCCAUCAUGCUAUUCAUGAAGGGCUCAACAAACUUGGUGAGAUUAUUCAUAAGUGGAAAGCGGAUCCGUCAACGUAUUCUCCUCAAGAGAUGAGGGACUGUUUGGACAGUUGGCGCGAGGUGCUGUUCAAACAUCUGGAUGAGGAGGUUGAGGAUCUGUCGGGAGACAACAUGAAGAAGUAUUGGACCUUGGAAGAAAUGGAUCUGUUACCGAUGUAACUUUAGCAUGAUCGUUAUGCAACGUAUAUAUAGCGUACCGUAUCUUUCCGUGAUAUUGCCCCAGAGUCCAGACACACUUCUGCUAUCGGUCCUGGCCGGGAGGAGAUGUGCCUAUUCAUAGCCGACACUGAUCGCGGUAGAAGCUUGAUUGUUUCUGUUGGAGAGAGAGAGGUCAACAAAUAUAACCAAGUCAUUUCUGCUGUUCUGGGUGG